AUUUUGAUGAAAUUGUUAACCGAUUCAAAAUUGUCUUGAUUGUUUGUGAUUCUGAUAAUUUGACUAAUUUAAUUAAAUUAUCAUUUUGAUUCAUCUGUUCAAAUAUUCAACCGUUUAUCACAAGUUAGUUUAUUGGAACAAUGAGUGAUUUUCCCAUGUUGGAUAGUCCUGAAAGUGAGGAUCCAAAGGAAAGUGUCGCUGAAGAUGAUGAUGAAGAGGAUACUUUGGAUGCUUACAUGAAGACAAUUCAAAAAGAUUUACAAAAAUCUCGAGGAAAUUUGGUCCGUAAGGCUGAAGAUAAAAAUAUUUAUGUCGGUGUUUCCAAGAAAAAGAAGGUGGAAAAAGGUGAACUUCUUGAACAGAAUCAGGAUGCUCUAGAAUAUUCAUCAGAAGAAGAGCCAACCUCAGCUGAAGAUUUGGAAGCCAUGAACACUAACCUACAAAGUCAAGUGAACAAAACCAAAAAGCUUCUAACAAUAACCAAAGAAGAUAUUACUUAUAUUCCAUUUCGAAAAAAUUUUUACAUUGAAGUUCCCGAAUUGGCUGGAAUGUCAGCUCAAGAGGUUGAGGCUUAUCGUGAAGAGUUGGAAGGUAUAAAAGUGAGAGGAAAAGGUUGUCCGAAACCGAUCAAAACCUGGGCACAGGCAGGAGUUAGCAAGAAGGUGAUGGAUGUCCUGAAGCGUCAUAAUUAUGAGAAACCAACACCAAUCCAGUGUCAAGCUAUUCCCGCAAUAAUGUCUGGUCGUGAUAUUAUUGGUAUCGCUAAAACAGGUUCGGGUAAAACAUUGGCCUUUUUAAUACCAAUGUUACGACAUAUUCUUGACCAACCACCACUGUCUUCAGGAGAUGGGCCGAUAGCUUUAAUUAUGAGUCCAACUCGGGAAUUGGCAACACAAAUUUGGGCUGAUUGUAAAAAGUUUGCCAAAUCAUUGAAAUUAAAUACAGUCUGUGUAUAUGGUGGGACUCCGAUCUCUGAACAAAUCGGUGCAUUAAAACCUGGAGCUGAGAUUGUCGUUUGUACUCCUGGUCGGAUGAUUGACAUGUUGGCCGCCAAUGGAGGUCGAGUUACCAAUUUACGACGUUGUACAUAUCUUGUUUUAGAUGAAGCCGAUCGCAUGUUUGACAUGGGCUUUGAACCUCAAGUGACCCGAAUCAUUGAGAACAUGAGGCCAGAUAGGCAAACGGUAAUGUUUUCUGCCACUUUUCCAAGGAUUAUGGAAGCGCUUGCUCGAAGAAUAUUGACCAAACCAAUAGAGAUUCAAGUCGGUGGACGAUCUGUUGUAUGUAAAGAUGUUGAACAAAAUAUUGUUCUUAUCGAGGAGGAUGACAAGUUUUUAAAAUUACUCGAAAUUCUUGGAUCUUAUUUGGAAGGUGACAAAAGUGCUAUCAUAUUUGUGGAUAAACAAGAAAAGGCCGACACUUUAUUGAGAGAGUUGAUGCACGCAAGUUAUAGUUGUUUAGCUCUUCACGGAGGAAUAGAUCAACAAGAUCGCGAUUCGACAAUAUCUGAUUUUAAAAACAAUCGUAUCAAAGUUUUGAUCGCUACUUCGGUUGCCGCUCGUGGUCUAGAUGUAAAGUAUUGCUAUUUGGUGGUUAACUUUGACUGUCCCAAUCAUUAUGAAGAUUAUGUUCAUCGUUGUGGACGAACCGGUCGUGCAGGUAACAAGGGUUUCGCUUACACUUUCAUUACUCCAGAUCAGGCUAAAUUCGCCGGUGAUAUAAUUAAAGCUCUCGAGUUAUCGGGUAACAAUCCUCCUGAAGCAUUGAAAAGCCUUUGGACCAGUUAUAAAGAGAAAUUGGAGCAAGAAGGUAAAAAGGUAAAAAGUUCAUCAGGUUUCUAUGGAAAAGGUUUCAAAUUUGACGAAGCUGAAGCUCAAAUGGCAAUCGAUAAAAAGAAAUUACAAAAAGCCGCUUUGGGUAUUCAAGAUUCGGACGAUGAAGAUCCUGAUGCCGAUAUCGACCAAACUAUUGAAAAUAUGCUCGCACCCAAACAAACAGUUAAACAAGUCUCGAAAACUAAACCCACUGCUGCUACUGGAACUUCAGAGGCAUCAGGCUCCUCAUCUAACGGUAGUUCAACAUCUACACCCUUAGUUGUACCUGAUAAUGCUAACGCUAAGUUAGAACUGGCCAAACGUUUAGCAUCUCGAAUUAAACUUCCAGGAGGAAAGACAACAUCAGCCGCUCAAGCUUUUCUCAAAGGCGAAUCAACUCCCAGUAUAUCACCAGCUCUAUCUGCUAAAUCAAUCGCCGAGGCCAAAGCUGAAAGAAUCAACGCUAAACUCAACUAUGUACCUAAAGAUUCCGAAUACGGAGAAGAAGGUGAUGGCGGACAAGACGAACACGGUAAUAGUGGUGAUGUAUUCCUACGAUUCGAGGAAGAACUUGAGAUUAAUGAUUUCCCUCAACAAGCUCGAUGGAGAGUUACAAGUAAGGAAGCCGCUCAAAUUUCCGAAUACUCCGAGUCGGGUAUUACCGUUAGAGGUACUUACAUCGCUCCAGGAGCUAAACUUGGCCUAACACCGGAUGGUAAAGAGGAGAGGAAACUUUAUCUCGCCAUUGAGGGUACAUCUGAAUUGUCCGUUAAAAAGGCUCGAGAUGAGAUAAUACGUUUAAUUAAGGAAGAAAUUGUUAAACUACAGAACUCGUACCAACCCGUGAAUAAAGCUCGAUAUAAGGUCAUUGAAAGACGACAAGGAGCCAAUUAGAAAUGCAAAGAAAGUAUUCAUAUCCAUUGUUUUAAUUCCAAAAUUAAUUGGUAACAAUCAAUUCUAAUGUAUUUGUUGAUUACUUUAUCCAUGGCAGUUGAUUUCAAUGUUAAUCUAGAUGACGACAAAUGAUAAUUGUAAUUUAAAACUUUCCCCUUGAAACUCAUUCAAAAUUUUCAUCUCUUCAUUUGAUAAGAUCACGAAAUUAUGUAAAUUUUUUAUCCAACAAUUGUAAUUAAAAUCUAUGCACAAACAGAAAAUGAUUAAACUAAUCUCUCACAAUUAAA